UCUCGACCAAUCUUCGACGAGGUCGAUGAUAGUGAUUCAGUCAACACUGAUAGCACUGUCGAAAGUGAACUCGAGACAGAGUACAGUGUCGAAAAGAUUCUUGCAGAGCGAAAGACAGAAGAAGGCCAGCCAAUAUACUUGGUCGAAUGGGAGGGCUACCCGCUCCACAGAUCUACAUGGGAGCCACGCGAGAGUUUUGUCGGCACUGAAUGCCUCGUCAAUUGGGAACUUCACAAACGAGACGCCGCCCAGGGUCGUGCUGAACUGUUCAAAGUUUCCAAAUUCGAUGCCGCGGUAAGACUUGAUGAAGAACAACGCGAGCGCCGCCAUGCCAAACGUCAGGAGAAGCGCCGCCAGAGAGAAGCUCGAGGUCCCACGCCUCGUCGUCGUCUCCUCUCCAAAAAGGAACUAGUGAAGAAGGGAACUGCGAGGAAGGCACCAGCCCGUGGUGCUACCAGCUCCCCGUCCUCUGCUACUGAGUCACCUAGAAAACGAGCCACCCCGCUCUUUGAGCCCAACACUCCCAGCGGAUCUGCCAGCCGGAAACGUAAGAGACCUCUGUCCGACCCGCGCUCGCCCUCUCCAGCGCUGUCGGUCAACGAUGUGUCUAACUCACAGUAUUCUAUGUUCAACGAGCGUACAUCUGAGUCCACAAGUCCUCGCAAGUCUCCGACGUCACAUUCAACAACUGUGCCGAAACGGGCUCGUAUAAACAAUCAGCCUGGUGAAAAGAAGCCACGAAACAGCACUCGGGUUUUACUUCUAGGCAAAUCAACAUCUGUAGUUACAUCUAGGCCAAAAUCAUUGAACACUUCAAGUGUCUCAGAGAAACCUCAACCACGGAAAGCUGCUAGCAAAAUUGCAGCAUCGAAAAAUGGCCCCGAGCGCCCACGUAAAGAUGCCACCGAUGGUUCCUCAACGUCACAGGCUUUCAAACUAGUGAAAUCAUCUACAGUGCCAAACCUGUCGGCAGUGCCGGGCAACAUCGCACAACGUCGUGCUUCAGACGCUACCUCUGCCACUAUAUCGGCCGAAUCAAGGAAAUCUCCUACAAGCAAGGACACCGUGUCAACAACCACUAGUAAGACCCAAAGGGAAGUGCCUAAAGACCCGCCAGGCCCUUCCGUUGCCAACAAUACCUCAAAGCCCGUACAUAGACAUUCUGGGCCAUCUCGAAGAGCAGUACCACCGAUCAAAUUGUUCCAUGAACCCAAGGUCAAGCCUAGACAACGGCCACGCGUCAACGAAUACACCCCUAAAGAUUCGACGGAUCCUCAAUUCGUCAAUCUAUCUCAGCAAGGACGAAUGCAACACUACAGCCAUAACGAACCAGCACCUGAUCCAAAUGCUCUGAACUUCAUCGAUUCGAGCACUGGAAAAGUCCUAAACUCUAUCAACGGUACUUCAAAUGCACCGAAUGCAUUGCGACUAGACACCAAUGUGACCAGACGCGAGGAUUUAGAAAGUCCAGCAGUCACAAAGUCAGCGCCUGCCUCAGAGCGACGUUCUGCCUCGGCCUCUGAGUACCAACGUGAACCUCUUCAUGGACGUAUUGCAGCACCCCAAUCCGCGCAAGAACCCGAACAAAGACCCCCAUAUCCAUCAGCUCGGUCAAAUGUACCUCGCUACUCUAGAAAACACAUAACAUGUCGAUUCUGGUACAGAGGCACUUGCAGCAGAUCUGAAGAAGAGUGCUACUGCGCGCAUACUUGGACCGGACAGUUGGAGCCCGAAAAGGCUGCUACCUGUAUGUAUUGGAAAAGCGGCCAAUGCAGAUUCUCUGACAAGGAUUGUGAAUACUUUCAUUCAUAUGACAUCCAGAGCAGCGUCGACGGACCCAAACGAGAGGGUCCUGAAGACGUUAAUGGCUUCCAAACAAGGCGUCGUUCAGAAAGCCCUGAUCGUUAUGGAUUGCGUCAGGACGAAGCUGAGGGACGCAGAGACAGAACGGAUCUGCCAAACUUCAGACUCCGUCCUGAUGAACGAACUCCAAUUCAGUCGCCAUCCCUCACAUCUACUGCAUCGUUCGAGCCUCGAAAUGGUGCAGCAAAAGAUGUUCACAUGAAUGAUGCUGAUCUGCCAGGUCCCAUCGAGACACCACCUCUCACUAUAGCCCACCCACCGACUACACUAGGCGCGCUAAAUGAGAAAGAUACUGCAGAUCCUAUUAGCGUAAGCUUUAGCAUCCGACCUGCUAGCUCACCUACCUACACCAUGAAUGUCGAGCUGUUCUUCGAUACUAGAGCAAGCCGAAUCAAGUUUCUUGACAGCGUCGGCGAGAACCACUCACUCGAAGGCUCUGAAAUCUGUCGCUCGCGUGACUUCGAAGCCUAUUGGUAUGCGAAAGACAAGGCAUGGGCUUCAGGCGGUGUCAUAUGUGCGCCAGGAGAUACUGUGGCUACUUAUCUUGAGGAUUUUCUGGUUCUACACUCCUCCUGCAUUACCAUACGGACAGAUGAUUUCGUCUUUGUCAUCUAUCCUACUCAGAACCCAGACUGGAAGUUCAUGCCUUAUCGGGGUCCGGAAAAGCCAGGCCUGCGGUGGUAUCUCCAAGCAGCAAUUCCUGGCACGUCCGAACCAAUCAUCACCAGACCGACCAAAGCCUCUUUCCUCUCGAUGUGUGCAGAACACUUGAAUCUCAACCCUGAGAUUCUGUUCGCCGGAAACAAAGGCAAGCAUAUUGANAAGGUCGUGUAUCUUGCUUUUCCCAAGGGAACACCAGAGACCAAGCUUAUCGAAGUUUUCCUGAACGAAGUAGGCGCAAGGAUCCUUCAUUCAGAUGAUUGUGACCUGUGGAAUCAAUUCUGUAGCAAGGGGUCAACCGGCAAUAGAGUGGCCCUAUUUCACCCAUCGAUGAACUCCUUCUGGAAGCUGCCAGACUUUUGGAAUGUCCUGGCGACCGGAGUUAACAUCUUCCAGGUGGGUGUUUCGAAGUCCAUCAAAGGUCGUCCCGACUCGCCAGUGAAAUACAACUGCACGCGUCUGUUUCCAAGUGGCACGCUCACGUUCAUUACCGACGACAUCUUCAAGUAUCACCCAGCUCAGGCGCUUCAGGUGUUAGAGAUUCACGAGGGCUACAAGAAAAAGCCCGAAGGUGGUCGAAAUGAUCGCAUCUACUGUCGACCUGGCAUCUUGGCAUGGCUCGCGGAGUUAAUUGACGAAGACAGAGAGAAGGGCAUUCUCACUGAAGACUCUCCCAGGAUCAAAUGUUGGCAGCUAGUCUGUGAUUUGCUGGGUACACCCGUGGCCGACAACAGCCGCAACCCGUUCCGCUUAGAUGUGAAACCUCCGUCUAUGCUGUACUCGCCACCGAAGAGUGAGAUGCCCGAAUACGCCUCUUUGUGGGACAGCAAUGAAGAAGAAGCCACAGAGUCCCUGGUGAAUUGGUUUGCCGGCCAUGGCAUCCACGAAUGCGAGAACUACCGCCGCUUCAAUGUUCUCUACGAGCAACAUGGCACACUGGCGGCUCAAACGCCUGGGCUCAUGCAACCGGAGAACCCCAAAGAUCCAAAGGAGUGGAUGAAGAAAUACACGCACAUCAGAGUCACCACCCCGGCUCGAUACAUUGUGCAAGUCGAGAACUAUGAGAAGAUGAAGACGAGACCUCGUUGA